CAGGUCAAGGCCAAUCAACGAGAUUGACUGUUUCCAACAACAACUUCCUUGCAAUGGCUCAAGCCUAUCCUUUUGUUUUUCUCUCUCUUGCAUCCUGAAUCGUUACUAUAUCAUACUCACCAUACCCAGUCCUAUCUGCAGGGGCCCACCUUGAAACUAUGUUAUAUUGACCAGGUUCCUUUGACCACGCAUCUGCCGAUUUCACUCUGAGGGACGGUCACCACCUCUACCUACUCCGUACCCUCCCGUCUUAUCUACGAGCGAGUUAUCUCUCAACCUCAUGUGUCUCGCCUGAACAGGAAGCUUGGAUAACAUUCGUCGCACCCCUGUCCGCGGCCUGCGCUGCCCCGAACCGAACCACACGUUUUGGGUGCCCCUCAAUGAAUUUAUAUCCCCGAGUCCGCACCAGCCUCUCAAACCCCAACGAAAGCUGAGGUCCCAUAUUGUUUGCAAAUGAAGUUUGGCGAAACCCUCUAUCAGAGGUCUGUACCGAAAUGGGCCGCCUACAAUGUCAAAUACAACGAGCUGAAGCACCUAAUCAAAACCCGGACGUCCGCAGGCGUUGCAGUUCCAGUCGGCAUUCCUGUACAAGGCAAGAGCAAGUGGGAAGAGCUAGAGAACGAGCUGGUCAGACUGCUGGAAGCUGAAUAUGAUAAUGUAACGCUCUUCCUCCGUAGCAAGCAGGGCGAAAUCGAGCGGCGUCUUGCGCACCUCGAAAAGCAGAUCAAGUUGGCGCAGCGCGCCGUGCAAGACAAUGCCUUGGACAAGCCUAUCAUGCAAGCUCGCAAGUACCGACAGCUCAUGCGAGAUCUUGAGGAAAUUGGAGACGAAGUCCUCAACCUGUCUCGAUUCGCGGCGGUUCAGAAGACUGCUUUUCGCAAGAUCCUCAAAAAGUACCGGAAAUGGACUGGCUCGACGGUGUUACAGACGCGAUUGGAUGUCGAGGUCUUUUCUUCCAAGAAACUGCAAACAGACUUUUCGGAUUACCUCCAGCAAUUAUCGGAGGAGAAAGCAAUUCUCACCGAGGAACUUGCUGGCCCUAUGCUUACAGGUCGACCUCGAGAACCCUCGCCUGCUUCAGAACGACAGCAGAAACGGACCUCAGCGUCCGCCAAGAGAUCGCCCAUCACCAAGCUCAACGAGUCCAUCUUGCGCGGACCGUUAGCUUUCGAUGCUGCCCUGAUGACCGUUCCAUAUGGUGAAGCCGCCGGUAGUGCUGUCUACUGGAUUCAUCAGGAUAAUCUCGACGCCGCUCGGGCCUUGCUGCUUAGGCACAUGCGCGAUAGCUCCAUCCCUUCAACGCCGCCGAGGAAUAAUUCCUUGGACUCGAUCGGUGCCAGGAUCAAGUCUGCUGCUUCCUCGAAUUCCCGUGCCCUUCUCACUCAUAUGCUUGUCUUCGACAAUGCCCAAAGAUACGUUAAAGACCACAGCACCUCACGGCCCUCGCGGAUAGCGUUGAGUGGUCACUGGAGCUCUGAUCCAGAAGCCGUUGUCACACUCGCCGGAUUGGCUCCAACAUCUUCAGACAGUACCAUGCUUACUCUCAACCGCAAAGAUUUAGCCCUUGCUCUUCAACGCGAUACACCAGUUUCCAAUACAUCCGAAAAUGUCAUCGCUAUCCAGAGAUACUUAAGAGAACAUCGAGAUAUCAAGCCGCUAGCUGAGACAUGCUUCACCCGCAACCGAUAUGUUGGUCUCACGAAUACUGCCGAUGUUGGGAACUGGGCCACGCUUGACAGCGGCAUCACCGUCACUACUGUGGACAUGGCCCAGGUUGGUGUAUCUCAGCCUCACUCCCAAGCUGGUGACGUGUUUCCUUACUCCGUCCUCCACAUCCGAUGGGAGUUUGCUCGGACACCUGCUGUGGUCAGGGCGUUCGACGAGUCCCACUUGGUGGAGCGCGUUCAUGAAUUCUCACUUGAAGAUAUGGCCAUUCACACUGCUCAGAAAGACCUGCCGGUGCCAUCGUGGCAGUCUCUGCUCGAGAAAGACAUCAGAAAGGUGCCACUAGUCCCUUACAUGUCCAGAGGAGGCACAGCAAGUCGGACGCGGCUCAAUCCUACCGACGUGGCUGGUAGUUCCUCCGGGCCAUCAUCGAGUGACGGACCGCAAGGUAGCAUCUUCUCCGCGGGCACGGUUGGCAACACUUCUGUCACUUCAGAGAGUGCUGGGCCUAGCUCUGCUGGCCCUUCCAAAAUCUCGGCGACGCCCAGUAAGACCCGCCGGAAGAAGCGGGCUCGCAUUAAGCUGCCCGAACGUUCACCAUCUCCUGUCAGGUACUGGAACGAGUUUGAUGAUGGCGAUUCGGACGUUAACCCAGAGCAAGGUUAUGUCAUCUAUGUUGAUCCUGACGAGUCUGCGUUUCCCGGUGCGGAAAGCAUUGGUAAGGCUUUUGGUGCCAUCUACGACAGCUUCAGCAAAGGCAAAAGCAGGAUCGUAUCUUGGCUCCCGCUUGUUUCGUCUAAGGGUCAGGGCACUACCGGAGAACGCGCGCCUUUACUGGGUAGCGAGAAUAGUGCAGAUGAAGAUCCUGACACGUCAAGCUCCGAGACUGAUGAAUUGGUUGUGCCACAUUCACAGCGGACACCUACUAGCCGACGUAGAUCUCGUCGUUCAGGACCGCCCGGCUCCGUCUAUCGCCGUCAUCAGAUACUGACUCCGCGUCAAAAAGCUUUGGAGCGAACACUGUUUUCUUUCUACACUGGUCUGAUUGCCGUGUGUUACGUCCUCCUUUUCUUGUCAGGCAUACUCCUCGCGACGGGGCGUCGAAAAGCCUACUUCGAGGUUGACGCUGGUGUCCUGGGUGGAGUGGUAUCUGCAGAGAGCUGUGCGGUUGCUGCCAUGAUCUUGAUCAUGAUGAGGAAACAAAAGCUCAGUGUCGUUCAUUGGGGACUUGUUGCCGUUUUGGUGGCAAGUGCGGUCGUUGUCGGUGUAGCAUUGUUGGCGUUGAUGUUUGCAGCUGGACGACCUGGAAGUGAUAAUAAAGGCUCUGCUGGGGCUGGCAACGCUUGAAUAUGAUCGACGACUUACUGACAUGGAGGGAUAAAGAGGCUGACUUGACUUCAGUAUGUAUGGAAGUCAUUGCAAUCACUUACGCUCGGGCGGAUGGGUCUUUCUACUGUACGAGCGGCAUAUUAUGAGGAGCUUUGGAUACAUUGCAUGCUCCAGGAGGAAUACUCGGCACUGUCUUGUACAGUCCUUCCGUCGUUUUCGAGCAGGGCGUUCCGGUAAUUCGGCUUUGUUCGACAUGUGGAAAUGUCGGUGGACGAUACGACGGUACAGAGAUCAGAGGUCGUGGAAACACACAUCCGUUACCUUCUGCUGCAACCAUCGAAAUGAGAGAAUGAGAACCGAAUAUGGACAAAGAAGGAGGUGCUAAGACGAAGCCCUCAGCUCUACUGCAGUCAUCCCGGGGAUGGCCGAAGAGACUCUUCAGCAUCACCGGCGGGACUGGUAUGAGCGCAGCUAUAUAUGAGAUACCAUAUGAUGUCUAUUGAAUCUACGAACAUAACAUUGGUUUCAACA